CGAAUCAAUAGUAGAAAGAACUACUAAACAUUUUGGAAAUGAUGAAGCGCAUCCAAAUAAAUGUUUAAAAAAUCAUUCUCAUGCAGCUUUGCAGCUGGUGAAUUCUUGCUGCCUCCCCUUUGCCUGCCCAAUCCAUACUGUUCGUCUGUUCCCCCAUCACUUUCCAGCACCCUAUACUAUAACACUCCCAUGCAUCCUCUUCAGGAGCCCACAUUUUCUGGCAAACUCCUCAUGGGGCUAACCAUGCUCAAGAACUGCUUCAUUUUCAUCCUAGCACUCAUCAUCUUCGUGCAAUAUGCUUCGGCAACAGAUUGGGCAGGUGACGCGUCAAGGACAAAGGAGUACUCGUUCCCCAACCUCGUGAAUUCGCCGUCGUUGCCACCGUACAAAGACGUCAUCGGCGGCGGCGGCCCAUCAACUCCAGCAGCCGAUGCCGAUGCCGUUCCGCCGCCACCUCCCUACUGCGUGUACCCUCCCCCCGCAAAGCCUGCCAUGCCAGCCCCGUUGCCGCCGGUGGCGAGCCCGCCCGGCGCGCCCCCGUCACCGUCAGCCGUCUCUCCGUCCAUCGCGCCGGGCAUCAGCCCGCCGCCGAUGCCCGGCGCGUCCCCGCCGGCGGGCUCGCCAUCCAUCGUCGCGCCGGGCAGCAGCGCUCCGCCGCAGCCGCUGUUCAUGCCGCCGGUGGCGUUCCCGGCGCCCCCGCCGGGGCAGGCGGUGCGGCGGGGGAUGUGGUGCGUGGCGAACCCGAAGGUGGCGAGCGCCGUGGUGCAGACGGCGAUGGACUACGCGUGCGGGUCGGGCGCGGACUGCGGCAUGGCGGCGCCCGGCGGGCCGUGCUACCUGCCGGACACGCUGACUUCGCACGCGUCCUACGCCUUCAACAGCUACUGGCAGCGCACCAAGGCCACCGGCGGGACCUGCGACUUCGCCGGCACCGCCAUGCUCGUCACCAGAGAUCCCAGUUAUGAAGGUUGCAAAUACGUUUCCAUGUGAAUGUGCGGGUUUUGUCAGGGACAUUUUUUAUCUACAUCCUUGUUGCAAAUACGUUUCCAUGUGAAUCUACCUGUAAUGUCAUGUGCAUGAACGUUUGCUAUGUAUUCGUGCUGUUUUGUAAGAAGAAAGGACCUGGAUUGAUGUAAGACUAUUACCAAACGUUUCCUCCGAAGAAGAGUAAAUUGCACUUACCAUA